GCGAGAUUCGUACAAGAUAUUACGUGGUGCCCCCGGCCGGCGAAGGCCCUCCCAAACUUGUCUCCUCUUAUCCUCCUUUCAGCUCACGUGAUCGCAUACCUUCCAGCAUGUUACCUUUUGCAGCUGUGAUGAUACUCUCGCAUAUUGUCUUCGUGGGGUGCUCUCCAAUCCCACCAAUUCGCCAGGCCGAUUCACCCUCUAGCCAGUCCUUUAGCACCUCUGAUAGACCACAGACGACAUGGUCGCGACAAGACAUUUUCACCCUUGUAAGCGUCUGUGUAGCGGUGGUCGGCAUUGUUAUUGGCCUAUUGAUUGCCUCCCCUAAGUCGCGCGAAUGGAUUCAAGAGCCUCUAAAAUACUGCACGGUCGCUUUACGUCGGAGGCGCAUACGACAGGAGGAGGACACCAGAAGACAACUUCAAGAACAAUACAACGAAUAUCUAGAGUUCAUCCAGUUUUUGAAGAUAAGGGGGAGCCAACUAUGACACUGGACUGCGCCAGGUGGGCGAAAUUUGACGGGAAUGGACGGGAAGGGAUGGGGAAGCUACACUUUGGAGUCGGAUAGCAGUGAGCUCUAUUGAAAUUCAUGCAUAGCUCUUGCGCGAACUGUCAACGUUCUGAAAGAGUCUCUUGGGCUUCCAAUUUAAUAAAGUGUAGCGAUUGUCGAAGACAAGCACCAUGGUAUUAAUGUGUAGUUAGUCAUCCUGAUCGUAAGACUGUACGUAGCGAACGAGAAUAGGUUAUGUACAUCUAAAAUACCUUUGA